CUUACCUCCAUUUUCUCGUCUGAAACCGUGGCGUAAGUUAACGCUUUAACAAACGCGUGACUCAGCAUGGGGAUUUUUACGUUAUCCCAAAACCAAAAUGAUGGUAUAUAUAAAGGAUAGCGCUGCGUAUAAACUGUGUGCUGUACGAUACCGGACAAACAUACCACCCUCUCUGCGUGAGAAGCUGUGACGAAAGGAAUGGCGGCAAGGCAGGCAAACCAAAGCGAGACGGCCAUGGCCGCCACCCUUCCCUACGAAAUCAUGGAGGAAAUACUUUCAAGAUUGCCCAUUAAGUCUUUAUGUCGGCUCAGGUGCGUUUCAAAGCUAUGGCGCUUUCUUAUCUCUGACCCCCACUUCAUCAAAAUGCACCUUAAACGAAGAUCAAUGCACAAAGUCUUUAUGUCGUUUAUCUAUCGGUGUAAGAUCCAGUUUUUUGACUACGAAGCCUUAUUCAAUGGCGAUGAUGACCAAAACUCUGCUGUAAAGAAUCUUCAAUUACCAGUUGAAACGGGUUCCAUCCGUUCUGCUAAGCUUCUGGGUUCUUGUAACGGGUUGUUGUGUUUAGGCCUAGGUGAAAGAAACGUCAUCGUAUGGAACCCAUGUAUAAGAGAGUACAAGAAGCUACAAGAACCCCAGGGCGAGGGAGAUGGUUCUUAUGGUUUUGGUUAUGAUUCUUGCAAUGAUGAUUACAAGCUAGUUAGAGUAAUUCGUGGAAAUGGAUCUGAGAAGAUGAUCAACGUGGAUGUUUUCUCGCUAAAAACCAGUUCUUGGAGGAGGAUUUGUUAUGGUGGGUGCAAAUUUGAUCUUCUUGAUCCGAUGGGGACCUUCUUCAAUGGGUCUGUUUAUUGGCAAGCAAAACAUGGAGGAGAUACAGAUAGAAUGACGCUGAUCGUUUCCUUUGAUCUUGUGGAGGAGAAAUUUCGUGAGUUGCCAAAGCCUGAUGGGAGUUUCGCUGCAGGGCCGAUGCUGGGUGUUCUAGGAGAGUGUCUUUGUGCCUGUUGUUCUGAAUUUAGGAAGGGUGUUGAGCUGUGGGCAAUGGAGGAAGAGGGAGCAGAGGUGUCUUGGAUUAAAUUGGCCAAUGUUUCACGACGGACGGAGCCGGCAUAUGUUCUUGACUAUUCGAUACCGUUAUGCUUUGCUAAGAAUGGUGAAGCUUUAAUCCUCCAAGGUGGACUGAAAGUGGAUGCCUACAAUUUGCAGGAAAACCGUUGUAGGAGGAUAUUCAUUUCCCCAUAUGAGCUUUCUGAAUUUGAUGGGGUUUUGUAUCUGGAAAGUCUUGUUUCACCAAAUGCUUAUGAUGGUGCUCAUGGGUCAAUUCCAAGAACUGGGGGACAUUCUCAAGAAAAGGUAGAGGAAGUGGAAGUGAAAGAAAGGUUGGAGAGGUUUGACCUUGGUUAGCACUUUAGCAGUGCUUACAAGGAAGAUGAUGACGAAAAUGAAUAGGAAGAGCUCUACCCUCUUGUUGCUGUUGCUAAAAUUCCAAUGAGUGAUUGUAGAGAUUUCCUUGAAGAAUCAUUCUCUAAAGAUUACAUGGGUUUUGGCUAUAGUGUUGAGUGGGUAGUUCUUUAGAUACCUGGUUUCUUAAAUCUUUUGAUUCACGACUUUGAUACUUUCAGUUGGUUGUAGUUGAAAUAGUUAAAACCAAUUCUAAUGC